GAGAAGGAAUAAAGAUCGAAAGGUGACAAAGUGGAACAACUUUCCAAUAAUUUUCUCGGACUAACGCAGAUUAAACUACACGAACUUUGCCGUCACCUGACUGAAACUCGAACUCCGUGUGUAUUUUACAUUAUUAUUUUUUUUUAAGAUCACCAAAAGGACCACCAUGAUCAAGCUGUGCCUCGUGCUGAUUUUGUCUGCCUCCGUCUUUUCAGAAUCGGUGAGGGAGACGGAGACAUGGAUGCCCAUGAAGACCACGCAGUCAGUCGUGUCGACGAUGGGGGGCGACCUCGUGUCUUCAGGCGAUGCCCAGAACGGCUCAGACUUUGGCUUCACAGAUGACACUGAUGAUGAUAAUGAUUAUUAUAAUGAUGGUGGUGAUGAUGAUGAUGAUGGUUACUAUGAUGAUGAUGAUUACACUGACUCUUCUGGAUCCGGUGAUGGAGCAACAACAGUGUCAACCAGAAAGGACCACGUCAAUCCAACAGAUAUGCCUGAUGUCAAUGAUAACAAGAUCCCUGAGGCAGAACAGCCAGUGCGACCAACAGUCAAUGAGGUGGACAUCGUCCAGAAGAGCAACGAAAUCCCGCUACCAAGGAGUGAGAACCAACCUGAGGAGUACCCAGCCAACGUCCUGAUGGCCCACGCCAGCGACGACAGCAUCUUCAACAAGACUGAAGUCCUCGCAGCUCUGAUUGCAGGCGGCGCCGUCGGCCUGAUGUUCGCCAUUCUUCUUAUCCUGCUGCUCAUCUACCGCAUGAAGAAGAAGGACGAGGGCAGCUACGAUUUGGGGAAGAAGCCCAUCUACAAGAAGGCUCCCACCACUGAGAUCUACGCAUAGACCUUGACCCCGCCCCCUACACGUCACCAAAAAACAAAACACCCAAUCAAGGGGCCGCCGCCUGGCCUCGCCGUGCCUCAUCAUCACAGUCAUCGUACCUCUUUUCCUCACUUCAGUCUGACCGCACAGCCGAGUCAAUGUAACGACCAAUGAGGAGAAGACCCCCCCACCCCAAAAAAAAAAAAAUGCAAUAGACCGACUCCACCUCCCUGACACAUACUAAUAAUAUUGGUGCUCUGUUAACCAGUCGGAGGCUUUGUUUGGCCCCUUUUGGUUUUGUCAAAUAAGGAAAUGAAGCGCCAGGAUGGAACUGUUCCAGCCGCACGUCAAGUGUGGAUUUUAGUGACAAUUUCAUAUUUUAAUCCCCACGUCAAGAGAAA